GAGCGCUGUCUCCUUCCACAGACCAUCAAGAUGGGGCGGAACGCAAAGCUGCACAAACGCAUCAAAAAGAAGACAACUGCAUCAUCUGCGUCACACCCUUCAUCCGGCGCUGCUAAUACACCGAAUGCACCUGUAGUAUCAUCGCACGUACAAGCCGCAAGGAGACGCGCAGAUCUCAAGUCAAAGUCAAAGUCAAAACCGUCAUCAAGCAAGGUUACGGGAGAACGUGUUCUCGGAGGUGCGGACUAUGUGACAUUACUUAUGGGCGGACGCAAGAAAGCUGCAAAGGAGGCUUUAAAGUUACCAAAAAGCUGA